CCCGCUCUUCUUAUGCUUCGGCCCUGGACAGGAGACUGCAAUCCCACAGCACAUGAACGGCCGAGCCACCACCACGGCGGCCAAUGACGGAGAGCAGAGCACCGACAAGAUCCUGAGCUUCGAGUUCCGCUUCAUCCACUACCUUGCCCUUUACAUCUGCUCGCUUCAACAACAGGACCCCACGCCAGAGGAGCUGAUGCUCGACAGCGAUGUGCGCCUGGAUUAUGGGGACCUGGACCCGUGGGCCCCCCCGGCUUCUGGGCUGUGGCACCUCUGGUACCGCAUCCAGCGGCGCCUGCCCGACACGAGUCCCGACUGCUCGGCCAUGCAGCACCUCGUGAGCAUCCUCUCGUUUGGCUGCUCCUUCAAGGGCGAUCUCAUGUCCAUCGCGCUCAACACGUCGAGUAUCCCGCUCGUCUUCCGGGGCAGCGUCGACACCGUCGAGGACGUCAUCUGGAUGUUUUCCCUGCUGGUGCUUGCGGCGGGCGAUGUCGUCCCGCUUGUCAUGGACGGGGGAAAGCUCAGGAUUACUCAUGCAGCAGCUGCAGCAGCAGCAACCGAGACUGGCACCGACGACCACCAAACCCCAAACCAAGCUCUCAUCUCGUGGGUCCCGCGCGCAGUCGAGGGCGUUAUUGACGAGAUCCUCCCGCUGCCAGAUAAGAGCUACAUCACGGCUGUGACGCGCGACUACAUCGAGCUCGACCUGCUCGUGUUCAAACCCCUUCCUGCCAUGAGCACGCCAGGCGCCCUGGAGAAAGCCGACGCCCUCAUCGCCACGCACCAGCUCGAGGAGCUGGCGGCGAUGUAUGCCGCCUCCGCAGACGAGCAGACGCAGCGACAGUCGGAGCUCGCCAGCGGCGUCAUCAACAAGAUCAAAGAGGGCAGGCCGGGUCCGCUGCACGUGCUCGUCAAGGUGUGGCUCGCGCACGGGAUCGACAGUGGGAAAGGGUGGGUGCUGCGGUUCGCAGAUGUGAUGAGCAGGGACACGCGGGAGUGGAUGCACGGCGUGCUGGGGGAGGACGAGGACGAGCGGCUGGUGCCCGCUGCGAGGGACCUGCUGGGCAUCUUGUCCCAGUCAGAGGCGAACAACGGCACCAAUGGCAGCGAGCACUUGGAAGCAGCAGUAGCAGCACUGCAACUCGAGCCUCGGCACAACGGAGAGCACAGUAGAGACGAGGACGAGGCGGACAUCCGCAGAACAGUGCGCUUCCUCCGCACCAUACUCGACCCGCGAAUCAAGUUCUACACGGUCGCACCGCGCCGGCUGCCCGUCAGCUCGGACGAUCACGCCUUCAUCAUGUCCUCCAGCAACACGGGUUACAUCACCGUGCCCCUGGCCGUCGCGGGCCUGCCUUCGUGGCAGAAACGGGCUUGGGUGCUCGAGCCGUUCGACCCGGUCAACGACCCGCCAGAGACGCUCGCCGACUUCCUGCCCGACCUGGCGCGCACGGGGAUCGAGCCCGGCGAGGCACUGGAGGAUGUGUAUCCGGUCUUGCCGUCGGACUAUGCGGAUCGUAGGAAGCCCAUGAAUGCCGAUGUUGCGGCGUGGCGGCUGAGGCGGAGGGAGCAGAUAUUCGGGUGUCGGCCGUGGGAUAGUGCUGGACUGGCGGCCCUUGUGGAGAGUGCUGAGAAUGCGGGCGACAAAGGGUGCGUCGCGGUUUUGAGGAAGCAGAGAGUGUAUGGGGCCGAGGACUACAACUGGGGCAAGAUCAACGAGGUUGCCAAGAGGAUCGAGGGCACUGGGGUCCCUGCAGCCAAGGAUGAAGCCUGAACAUAGACAUGACGGCAUUCCCGCAAGUCGGCAACUAUAGGACCUCUGGGUCACUGGCCCCCUGGACACCUGGGCAGUCUGCACCCCGCGAAGCUGUCUGGGCCCCCUGCCCAAUCCCCGGCCCGAUCCAGGGUCUAAGGGAGAACAAUGACUCGUGGCCAAUCAUGCCCAUGUUCAAGCCUGCAAAGCACUGAGUAGCCUACUCGAGAACUAUUCAUUCAUGCCAC